UCAACUUUGACCUCUUUCGGAAUCCCACAUGUUCGGCUGUUGAUGUACAAGAAGCAUGCCUACUGUAACUCUAGAAUCACAGAAAAACGGAACCAUGAGUAAAGCUAAAGUAAAGAGUGCGAAGAAAAGAGCUGCUGAAGAGGACAAUGACCAGCUUCCCAUAUUUGACAAAGACGUCACUGAGAAGGCUGGGGAAGAAGGAGAUGAGGACCUCUCAGAUAGCGAGGAGAGUGUGUUCUCAGGACUGGAGGACUCUGGGAGUGACAUUGAUGAAGAAGAGGAUGAUGGGGACGACGAAGAGGAGGAGGAGGAGGAGGAUGAUGAUGCUGCUGUCAUACUAGAUGAAAAUCUGAAGAAUAGCAGUGGUGCUGAAACAUCUGCUGAACCAGCUGAGCCUAAGCAGCAAGGCAAAAAAACUGCAUCAAAGGAGAAGAGGAAGAUGAAGAAAGGCAAGGGAGGCGCCAUUGAUGGCAGAGGAGAGAAGGGACUGACCACCACCUUCCAGGGAUUGGCCACCGCCCAGCCGGGGGACGAGUAUGAACACGACACCUCCGAUGAAGAGGACAUUCGUAACACGGUGGGCAACGUUCCCAUGGAGUGGUACCAGGACUACCCUCACAUCGGCUAUAACCUGGACGGGAAGAAGAUCUUUAAGCCCAUCAGGAACAAAGACGAGCUGGAUGAGUUCCUGGACAAGAUGGAGAACCCAGACUACUGGCGUACGGUUCAUGACAAGACGACAGCCUCAGACAUUCGUCUGACAGACGAGCAGGUGGACCUGGUGCACCGCCUCCAGAAGGGUCAAUUUGGCGACGUCAACUUCAACGAGUACGAGCCGUCCGUGGACUUCUUCACCAACGAGGUCAUGAUCCAUCCGGUGACCAACAGGCCCCAGGACAAACGCAGCUUCAUCCCCUCACUCAUAGAGAAGGAGAAGGUUUCGAAGCUGGUCCAUGCCAUAAAGAUGGGUUGGAUCAAGCCCCGUAAGCCCAAAGAGACCACCCCUCAGUACUACGACCUGUGGGCCAAGGAGGACCCCAAUGCCAUACUGGGGCGCCACAAGAUGCACGUUCCCGCCCCCAAGAUGAGGCUGCCCGGACACGAGGAGUCCUACAACCCUCCGCCUGAGUACCUGCUCACAGAGGAAGAGAGACUGGUGUGGGAGCAGCAGGAUGCAGAAGACAGGAAGCUCCCGUUCCUCCCCCAGAAACACUCCUGUCUGAGGGCCGUGCCCGCCUUCUCCCGUUUCAUCCACGAGCGCUUCGAACGCUGCCUUGACCUUUACCUGUGUCCCCGCCAGCGCAAGAUGAGGGUGAAUGUGAAUCCAGAAGAUCUGAUCCCCAAGCUGCCCAAACCCAAGGACCUGCAGCCCUUCCCCACCACUAUGUCUCUGGUGUACCGUGGCCACACCAGUCUGGUGCGCUCCAUCAGUGCGUCUCCCACCGGCCAGUGGCUGGUCUCAGGCUCAGACGAUUUCACGGUGCGCUUCUGGGAGGUCAACACAGGGCGCUGCAUGAAGACUCUGGAGGUGGGCGGAGCUGUGAAGAGCGUGGCGUGGAACCCCAACCCGGCCGUCUGCCUGGUGGCUGUGUGCUUGUAAGUCUCCUCCUCCAAC